AAAAGAAAAAGAAAAAGAAAGCAGAAGCCUACGAGAACCACAGUCCAGCCGACCAGCCGCCGCCGCGCGAUAACCGGAGUUAAUGGAGACGCCGCCCCCAUGGAGGGUCCUCGAGUUCUACAGCGGUAUCGGCGGCAUGGGUUCUGUUUUGCCGCCUCCUUUGUUCCAGCGGUACUCCCUUGCGUCGUCGGGCGUUCGAGCGGAGGUGGUGGAGGCCUUUGACAUCAACGACGUCGCCAACGACGUCUACGAGCACAACUUCGGCCACCGCCCCUGCCAGGGAAACAUUCAAACACUCACUGCUGGUGAUCUAGACAAGUACAAGGCACAUGCAUGGCUCCUUUCUCCUCCAUGUCAACCAUAUACACGACAAGGACUUCAGAAACAUUCAGCUGAUGCUCGGGCAUUUUCAUUUAUAAAGAUUUUAAACCUUAUGCAAAACAUGAGCUUUCCUCCACAAAUGUUAUUUGUGGAAAAUGUUGUCGGAUUCGAGGUAUCUGAUACACAUGACCAGUUGCUAGCGGUCCUUUCAACUCUCAGUUUCAACACACAAGAAUUCAUCCUAAGCCCCUUGCAGUUUGGUGUCCCAUAUUCUAGACCGCGCUACUUCUGUUUGGCAAAACAGGAAUCUAUGUGUUUUCCAAAUCCAUCAGUCAAUGACAAGCUGCUUAGGACACCUACAUGCCUAACAUUGAACACUACGAGAACUCAGAAUAGCUAUGACCAGAAUGAAGAUGAUCUGGAAGUAGUAUGUAAUCCAAUAAGAAACUUCCUUGAAGCACAGAGUAUUGGAGAUAAGGAAUCUUCAGCCAUCAUCUCUGACUUUAAGGAGGCUGAUGGAUGCACUCCGAUUGAAACUGCUUCACAUGACUACACAGUUCCACUAAGCUUGAUUGAACGGUGGGGAAAUGCUAUGGAUAUUGUAUACCCUGAAUCAAAACGGUGCUGCUGUUUUACUAAAAGUUAUUAUCGCUAUGUGAAGGGCACAGGCUCUGUACUGGUUACAUCUAAAAGCCUCAAACCAGUUCCAAAAGAGAACCUUGAAAUGUCUUCACUGAGUGAGUUGGGUCUACGGUUUUUCACCCCUCGAGAGGUCGCUAAUUUGCAUUCAUUUCCCCCGAGUUUCCGUUUUCCGGAUCAGAUAAGCCUCAGACAACAGUAUGCCAUGCUGGGUAAUAGUCUGAGCAUAGCGGUUGUGGCUCCUUUGUUGUGCUAUCUGUUUGCCGAGACAUAGACAAGUUCUCAAUCAUUUGGCAGGUGAUAUUCACCUUGGCCCGCCAUCUGAUAUUUGUCAAAAUCUUGCCACACUUGAGUUGCAAGUAUGAUAUUUUAUCCAUCAGUUUUUGUGUGUCUCCGAUCUGUGCAUUGUUGUGAGUUGUGAUCAUGCUCAUCCUUCACGCCACGGUGCAGUUUCACCGAGCUUGAGGACGUGCGGUCAAUUCGCUGACGGCCUAGCAGGUAGUAUUACAGUGAAGAGGUGGGUGCGUCCAAAAUAAGGCGGCAUGUACGGCCGAAGCUCAACCUUUGGAUCUAUUGUAGCAUAUACCAAUACCAGUCCCAAGUACUCCCUCCGUCCCAAAAUAAAACUAGUACAAAGUUGAGUCACUUAUUUGUAAAAUUAGUACAAAGUUGAGUCAUUUAUUUUGGGAUGGAGGGAAUAUUAGGGGUCGACCUCUGCUUUGUGCCUUCCACUCCACAGCCAUAUUUAUGUUGCAACAUUGCAUGUUUUGAGGCCCAGUUAGUAAUGUGAUAAUUUUGUUUUGGGCAAGUGUAAUGUGAUACUAUGUGAUGACUUAUCGUAUUGCGUGCAAUAAAUGGAUGCAAAUCAAAUCCCACUA